AUGUCUAUCAAAUCCGGCUUCUGGCCACGGCUCCUGCGUCAACAGAAGGUAGCUCCAUAUCGUGAAGCUCGUAAAGAAGCCAUCGCUGGCAUUGAUCGACUGCACAAGACUCUGAACGAAUAUGGUAAAAUGCAUAUCGACUCUAUAGAGUACACAGCUCUUGGUAUCAAAUGCGACCUUUUCUCCGUCGACUUACAAAUCAGCGACCCUCUCUUCUUUCUCCCGCAAACCAGUGAAUGGGUACCUGAAUUAAAUAUCAAGGAUCCCGCAGAUCAGAGACAUGCCCAUCAUAUACAAUGCUGGGAGCCAACGGACAGGAGUCCAGUUUCUGAAUCGAGAUAUCUAUGGAGUAGUCUAGAACAUAUGUUUCGGCAAUUUCCACGACAGGAAGUGCCUUCCAAGCCUAAUGGAAACGGGCCGUCACUCCGGAAAUAUCCCAGUGGCUCCCAUGUGGACCCCGGUCGAAGCCUAUGUGUCACCGAAACAGUCGAAUUAUUGACCAUUACGUCCAUCAUGCUCACCCGGUUUGAGGGAGGGCAAUUUCCUGCGUGCAAUACUAUUCCAGUACUCGCAAUUUCCGUGUUUGGUAAUAUGCAACUUCGGUUCCUGGAGUGCUCGUAUAUUCACAAAAGGCUGAUGAUCAGAAAGACGAACUUCCUUGAUUUUUCUACCAAGGACCAGGCCACCAAGAACAUGAACACGGUUCUUGGAAUUAUGGCCUCUCUCAAAGAGUGGGAGAUCCCACUGAUUCGAGAAUGCUUUUCCAGGUUCGUUCCAUAUGCGCAACUGCAUCAGGGGAACUACUAA